AUGCCUCGGCUGCCAGCGCUGCAUGAAGACGCGCUAGACGAUGCCAGUGUUGUCCGACUAGCGUCGCGAGCGUCCAGCGCCAAAUCGGUCGCGUUGUCGACACCACAGCCGGCGCCCAUGGAUGCUGGCGUUGAUGCGUUCUACCAUGACGUGUGUCGGUCGUCAAUCUGCUGCUGCUGCGCACGCGCCACGACCCGCCGCGAUGCGGCGCCAGUGACGCGCACCGUGGACGACGACGCCUCCGGGCUCUUGAUCGAGCUCGUCCUCUCGCUGCUUCGGGAACAGUGUCGAAGCAUUUUGCAAGAACCGGCCGCCCCGCCAGCGCGCGUGAGCGUCCCGACACAAACUACCCGGCUGCAUCCCGACACGGCGACCGUCGACCUCAUCAACACCAAGUACAUUGCCUUCAUGCAGCACCUUUCGCAGCGAGGUCGUGCGCUGCACGCCAAGGGCCUUGGCUCGCGCGAGGAUGUCGUCGAGCACCGAUUGCACGAGACGAUGUGCCAACUGUUUGCCAACCCCAAGAUGAUCCUUGUCGUGCGUGAUAUCAUGCUUCAAAAGCUCCAGGAGCAUGCAUGA